AGCUCAGUUACACAGAGUAAAAGCGGAUCUGAUCGAGGCGCUCGGUGAUCCAUUGAUCGGGUCUGAUGCGAACAUGGCAGAUUCAAAGUAUCAUGUGUCAAUUCCUCAUUUGAACUCCUUGCUGCAAAUGGAUCCCUACCUUAAAUCCUUUCAGAAGGACUUCCAGAGGAGGUAUGGGUUGUUUGAAAAACAGCUCGCACUCCUCGAAGAGGCCGAAGGAGGCAUUGAUCAGUUCACAAGUAGCUAUAAGAGUUUCGGCGUACGGAGGAUGCCUGACAACAGCCUCAUCUUUAAGGAGUGGGCCCCGGCUGCUGAGGCCCUAUUUCUUACUGGAGACUUCAAUGGCUGGGACAAUUUCUCGCAUCCCUACCAGAAAAAGGAGUUUGGGAAAUGGGAACUGCGCAUACCGCCUAAACAGGACGGAACACCUGCUGUCAGUCACAACUCCAAGCUGAAGGUGGUUGUUCACACCAGAGCAGGUGAGCGCCUGUACCGGAUCUCACCUUGGGCAAAGUAUGUGACCAAGCCUGAGAAAUCCGUCAUCUACGAUUGGGUACAUUGGGACCCUCCUCAACCUUACAUUCACAAGCACCCUCGCCCAGCGAAGCCCAGGAGCUUACGUAUCUAUGAGUCCCACGUUGGAAUCGCGUCUCCAGAGGGCAAAGUGGCAUCUUACAGCAACUUUACACACAAUGUGAUUCCUAGGAUCAAAGACCUUGGUUAUAACUGUAUUCAGCUGAUGGCCAUAAUGGAGCAUGCGUAUUACGGCAGCUUUGGUUACCAGGUCACGAGUUUCUUCGCUGCAUCAAGUCGUUACGGCACCCCAGAGGAACUAAAGGAGCUGAUUGACGUUGCUCACUCUCUUGGUAUCGUCGUCCUGCUGGAUGUGGUACACAGCCACGCAUCCAAUAACACAGAGGACGGCCUCAACAAGUUUGAUGGCUCAGAUUCCUGUUUCUUUCACAGCGGUCCCCGUGGAGUACACAGUCUCUGGGACAGCAGACUCUUCAACUACUCUAGCUGGGAGGUGUUGCGUUUCCUCCUGUCAAACCUGCGCUGGUGGAUGGAGGAAUACAGAUUCGAUGGGUUCAGAUUUGAUGGGGUGACGUCCAUGCUGUACCAUCAUCAUGGAAUCGGAGCUGCGUUUUCAGGAGAUUACGCUGAAUACUUUGGACUUCAAGUAGAUGAAGAGUCGCUGGUCUACCUCAUGUUAGCAAAUCAUAUUGUACACAACCUAUAUCAUGAUUGCAUCACAAUUGCAGAGGAAGUAUCCGGUAUGCCUGCUUUGUGUCGUCCGCUCAAGGAAGGAGGUCUCGGUUUUGACUAUCGCCUCGCCAUGGCCAUUCCAGACAAAUGGAUCCAGAUCCUGAAGGAAUUGAAGGAUGAAGAUUGGGACAUGGGAAACAUUGUGCACACCAUGACCAACAGGCGGUACGGAGAGAAAUGCAUAGCUUACGCCGAGAGCCACGACCAGGCCCUGGUGGGAGACAAGACGCUGGCCUUCUGGUUGAUGGACAAGGAGAUGUACACCAGCAUGAGCUCUCUGAUUCCAAUGAACCCUGUUAUUGAUCGGGGCAUUCAACUUCACAAGAUGAUCCGACUGCUUACCCACGGCUUGGGAGGGGAGGGCUACCUAAACUUCAUUGGUAAUGAGUUCGGCCAUCCGGAAUGGCUCGAUUUCCCACGAGUCGGCAACAAUGAGAGUUACCAUUACGCUCGCCGGCAGUUUAACCUGAUUGACACAGACCACCUGCGUUACAAGCAGCUCUACACCUUCGAUCGCGACAUGAACCGCACGGAGGACAAGUACGGCUGGCUGGCUGCGCCCCCGGCUCACGUCAGCGCCAAACACGAGGGAGACAAGGUGAUAGUCUUCGAGAGAGCUAACGUCAUCUUCGUCUUCAACUUCCACCCCACCGAAAGCUACACCAGCUAUAGAAUCGCUGUGGGAUCAGCGGGAAAAUAUAAGAUCAAACUGGACUCGGAUGAAAUCCAGUAUGGAGGCCAUGGCAGAUUGGACCACAACACGGAGUUCUUCACGGAGCCAGUGGCAUUCAACGAUCGGCCCAACUCUAUGAUGGUUUACAUUCCCUGCAGAACCGCUAUUGUUCUGGCCAACGAGGAAAUCGAUUACUGCUACUGAAACACAAUCAGCAAUUCACCGCGAGAUGGAAACCCAGCAACUUCUGUGACUCGGCCUACCUCCAUUCACACCGAGAUCACCCCCCACCCACCCGUCCUUUAGAAAAACCACAGUUAAAUAUUGCAAAUCUCAACGAUGUUUCAGCAACUUUUCCCACAUGCCCAUUGCAUCAUUAUUACGCUAUACACAUUUAUUAUUAAUGAAACUCAAAGAAUUAGUAAGUAAGCUUUACCCCAGUCAAAUAUCUUGCCAUCAAACCCCAUACUUACUGUAAAGAAAGAUUCCUAAAGAAAGACUAUGCAUUUAAAUUAUAGGAUAUUUUGCCCUAAUAAAUUACUACUGAAAAGUAAACACAGAGAUCGAAUGUAUUCUUUAAGUGUAAAUGUGGUAUAACCUGUAAUGCAAAUGUAAUUUUGCUUAAGCAUUGUGUUGAUAUUAACUUACAAAAUUGUGAUCUACUGUUUAAUUUAAAUGCGACACAAGCACUUUUUGACUUUAAGAUAGUCUGUAUACAUGUUAAAAAACAUUUGAGUUCUUGUCAAUUUUGGAUUUCACUUCAAGGACACAAGAGAGUUACAUAUAUAUAUAUAUAUUUUGAAUAGCCUACAUGUAAGCUCACUGUGAAAAAUUAUCAAAUUUAAGUCAAACCUUUUCUUGCAAGCUGUGUUAGUGCCUUUACUUAUAAUCAAGUUUCCGUGAAUAUUAACCGUUAUAAAAUAAUAAUCAGUCAUUCAUAUUCAGAAUCAUUCACAUUGUCCAACAGCUUUUUACUGUCAUCAUCUUUUUCUUUUUUUUGCAUGUAUAUUUCUUUAGGGCAGACAGCUGUUAUUGUAUUUAUCAUGUUUGUGUAUUGCAGGAUAUUUAGUUUUUCCUUAUGAACAACAGCUUUGUUACCCCAAUAGAGACAUAUGGUCUAUGUAUGAAUUAAAUACAUCAGCAUUAGUGUUAUCCUUCUAGUUGCUUUAAGAUCCACCUGUUGCUCCCUAAAGAGGAGCACCAUGCUCUGUGUUUUGUGUUUUAAGAGACCUAAUGUACCCCCAGAAAAUUGGAUGAAUGCACAGAAUUACCGUAAUUAUCCAUCUAAUCUGCCCUACUCACAAACAGCUAUAAAACAGAGCUUCAUCCUCACCGAUCAUUCAGCUCAGUUUUGUUAUACUUUGAAAAAGUAGUAGUUAUUUUCUAGAUUAAAGGUUACAAAUGGAUUUUUUUUUUUUAGAAAAUAUAAUAAAAAACAUUAAGCAAUGUCAGAAAUCAACAAAACUUAAAGGUUUGUUUUUACCUUUAUGGUAUACAAAGUAUUCAAAUGUUGUAUCUUUUGGGGUACAAUAUUAUGCCCUAAGGACCUAUUGUAAUCCUUUUAAGGAACAAUUUUGUACCCGUUUAAGGUGUGGGGUACAAAACAUUUAACUGUAGCUACCUUUAAAGGUACACAAUAAGUCCUUAAGGUACAAGUAAUAUAUCCAAAAUCGUAUAACAUUGAUUGUAUUAUGUUUUGUAUACCCGUAAAGGUACAUAACGGAAACUUAUGGUACCACCCCAGUGAAAGAAAAGGUACCGUUUUAAA